AUGUGAGAAUUACGCUCUGAAGGCGUGCGUGGAAUCUGUGGGGUAUAAAAGAACAUUUUCGUCGGACAAAAAUCAUACCACGUCUUGGAUCCUACGGAAAAGUACCGAAAAUUGUUGUUGAGGCUUGUCAUACAAUCGCCAUGGAGGACAUUCUCUACCUGGGAGACAAGUACUUUUACACUCCUUAUAUCUACCCAGAAUGGUGGCCAGAAGACGACUGGAAACGACAACUGAUAGGAAUCCUCAUCUUCAACUGGAUUGGCCAAUAUAUUUUGUAUUUCGUUCUUGGUUUGAUGGACUACAUUUUUGUCUUUGAUCAUCGACUGACGAAACAUCCUUUAUAUAUAAAGGAUCAGAUGAAGCUGGAGAUCAAAUAUUGUCUGAAAAAUAUGGUUUUCCAGACGGCUGUCUUUGCGCCUAUUUUUCUGAGUGAAGUGCGAGGUUACAGUCGCCUGCAUCAAGAAUUCAACAGGGGAAUAUUUGGACCCCUGAAUCCAUUGAUGGAGAUUAUUGGCUUUGUCCUCUUCACCGACUUCACCAAUUACUGGUUCCAUCGAUUCCUUCACCAUCGUCUGAUCUACAAGCGAUUUCACAAACAGCAUCACAUGUGGAAGGUUCCCACUCCAUUCUCUGGCUACACUCUCCACCCUGUGGACGGAUUCUUCCAGGGAAUCUCCUGGCACAUCUACCCAUUCCUCUUCCCUUUUAACAGCCGUCUCUUCCUGUGUUUCUUCCUCUUUAUUCUGACCUGGUCCAUCAGUAUCCAUGACAACCUCUGCGUCCUGCCCAAGUUUCUCCAGCCCAUCAUCAACGGAGCGGCACAUCACACCGACCAUCACAUGUACUAUAAUUACAACUAUGGUCAGUUCACCACCCUGUGGGAUCGGGUCUUUGGAUCGUAUCGGGUGCCUGGUACCCACCGCGGUAAGGGACCAUUGGAUGAUGUCCUUGCCCUAGGAGUAAAAUCCGAAAAUAUGAACAACGGCAACAGCAAUGGAAAUGCCAAGACUCUGAAGGAAGAAUAAGGUUAAA